AUGAGUCUGAUGAUGCUACCGCUGCUAAUUACCAGCAUCUUGCUUCUCAUUACUCCUAGGAGAUGUUUCGUCACAGCCUCCAGCGACAUUGCAGCAAUAACAACCCUCACGAAAUCCAUGGGCGGCGCCAUCUCCGCCGCAUGGGUUGGCACCGAGGUCUGUGAGAUGCUGGGCAUUGUCUGUGACCCGAACACCCUCCGCAUCAUCGACAUCGUCCUCCGCACCGACGAGGGCUCCGACCGAAACUCGAAGCUCCAUUUCGCCAAAGGAUGGGUCGGGCUGAGCUCCGACUCCAUCUGCCUGCUUGACCAACUCACCACACUCAUCGUCACCGACUACUGGCCCUCAAUCUCCGGCGAGAUCCCGCCCUACAUCGCCUCCCUCCCGCGCCUCCAAAUCCUCGACCUCUCUGAGAAUGGAAUCACCGAUGAGAUUCCGACGGGCAUGGGGAAGCUGAGCCAGCUCGUCGUGCUAGAUCUUGCCGACAACCAGAUCAGAGGCUCCAUUCCUCCAUCCGUAGUGGAGCUUAGCAGCAUGAAGCUCCUCGACAUCAGCAACAAUAGGAUCUCCAGCGAGAUCCCGUCGGAGAUGGGGAAGAUGAGUAUACUGAGCCUAGCAACGAUGAGAGGGAACCACAGUUCCACUGUAAAUAUUGACACGGUCACGGGCCCCCAGCCCGACACCGACCUCAGCAGACUCCAUAAACACUCGACUCAGGAGAUGCUACUGCAGCUAUUUCACGGUCUCCGGCGAGGCCCACCUGAUAGGCAUGGCAGAAAAAUAGCUCAGGCUAAGUAA